GACGCAUUUAUCCUAAUGACAGGACCAAAACAAUCCCAUUUCUCAAAAACUUUUGAAUCUGAAGCACCACACGCUUCGCCUCGACCCCCCUACUCACCCCCACCCCCCUCCUCCCUCCAGUUCCACGCAGGAGCAGCCCCGCUGGUAGGGUUUCACUCUCUCCGCGGUGAAGAGGAGGGCAGGCAGUUCAAUACAAGCGGUGGGACACAGAUCUACCUGGGAAUCUAUAAUCCUCCUCCUCUGACACGCGCCCCCUCUGGGACUCGCUGGGAUACCUGGGUCUUAGCCAUGGCUCUAACAGCUCCUGCCCCUUCUAACAAGAGGAAGAAGGCCACCAAGAUCAUUACGGACCUGUCCAACAUCAGCCAGAAUGACGAUGAGUCAGACUCCGAGGCCGCCGAACUUGAUUUGGGCACCAAGAUCAAGACGCCCAAGGACGUGAUGCUGGAGGAACUGUCUCUGCUCAAGAACAAGGGCUCCAAGAUGUUCAAGAUGAGACAGCAGAGAGUGGACAUGUUCAUUGUGACCAAUGAGAAUAUGCAGAAUCUCCAGAACCUCCUGAUGACCCCUCCCCCUGUCCCACCGAAGCCCGAGAUGCCGAAGGAAGAAGGUCAGGUCACAGUGGUGGAGGAGGAGACGGUGGACGAGGAGGCCGAGAAGGAGAGGAGGAGGCAGGAGUACGUCCGCACCUACGUCUCACCCUGGGAGCGAGCCAUGAAGGACAACGAGGAGCUGAAAGCCACCAUGAAGCUGUCCAUGCCGGGACCCAUCCAGAACCACCUGCAACUGCCUCAGUACAAGAGCUUCAAUAGGAGCGCGACGCCCUUCGGCGGCCCGGACAGAGCGGCCAAGGCGCUGACCUUCGAGCUGCCGGAGGUCGGCGCCGCCGCCGAGGAGCCCGAGACGCCGGGCGGCCCGCAGGCCGACGUGCGCUCGCGGCCCUCCUUCAACCGCACGCCCAUCGGCUGGGUGUGCAGCGAGGACACGUCCAGCAUCCACAUAGAACUGGACAACGUGCCCUUCGACGGGGAGACGGACGACCUGUGAGCGGGACGCGGGACGCGGAUACACGCAGCAACAUGAGCACAGACAGAACUGUGAACACGUGUUGUACCUUGAGAACAAUAAUUGAUUUAAAUUCAUUUGAAAUGGAUAAAGACCUCCCCUGA